ACAAGUUUUCAUUGUUGAUGGGGUUCCAAGUUAGACCAGAAGAAGCUGUCAUCGAUGUGAUUGUGUGUGUUUUUGGAUUGUUUCAAUACACUUGGGCAGUUUUAGAAAUUUUUGUGAGAUAAGGUGUUGGCUAUAUUUUCAGACUUCGUCCCUAGGCCUGGGGUGGUCUUCGGCCCCAAAUCAUUCUGGAGGGCCCUCCACGGUACAACUUCCUGUGAUUGUCCUCAGGGCCGGGUGUAUGACUCCGCCCAUCCCCAUCUCGGCCAACCAUCUCGGCCCACCAACUCGGACCGCAGAAUAUGAGCGUUUUCGUCAUUUUUCUGUUUGUUUGCCAUGGUUGUGCCUAUGUCCUUAUCUGGUGUGAACAAAGCCUUCAGUAAUCCACCUAUUCCAACUUUCUUUUCUCCGAUACGAAGUGAUUUUUCUGAAGUUUCAGCUGCUUCUAACUCGAAAAUUCUCUUACAACGGUCAUCAGUGAUGUAAAUAGUAUGGGAAAACACAAAACUGAUGAUGAUUCUGAUCUUACGUUUCCUCCAAAAAUCGGCGACAGAAAUAGGAAAUUGGAACUUCUGAAAAUUUAUGGAUGUGAUAACAGGUGCUUGAAAAACAGGUGGUCUGGUCGCAGUCUGACAAGCAGAUCAGAUGAUCGUGAUGCUCGGAAUUAUAACGGUCUGUUGAAUCUCCCCGGUUAUAUGAAAUCAACUUUUUCUAAACUGUAUCAAGAGUCUGCUGACGUCCGUAUGAGUGUCAUGAGCCUUGCUCCACUGAAGAGAGUUCCGGCUAAAAAACUCUGUCUUGGGACGAGGCUUUACAAGGACAAUCUGGAUGUGAAGAACGAUGAUGUGCCGUGUUUCACUAAUUUCAGGCCGAGACUUGCAGAACAAAAAUGUGCUCGAAUUCACGGUGCUACUUCAAAAUCUGCAGGUGGGGACGAAGACCAGCGACGAAAGCCAUGCUUUGGACGGCUCAGUCCUGUUCUUAGUGCAUCAGAAGCCAACAAGAAAUCAAGACAAUCAGUAAGGGAAGAUGAAGGAAAUCGAGGACCCAGACAGUCUGUGGCGGCUCUGAGCACUAUGAAACAGAGUAAAUUUCAGUUGAAAGUGAAGUUAGAUGACAGUUUGGCAUGGAGCAGUGAUGAUGGAGAAAAUCGAGCAAGAUCCACUCAGUCUGGGACGGGUCUGUGUCCUGUUCGACAUGAGAGUAAAUUGCCAGCUUUGGUUAGAAGCUCUGUUGAAGACCAUUCUGACCAUGUGGAAGGAAAUGAUAAUGAGGCCGCAUCAGAUCUCAUGCUGAAUAGAAAAAUCCCCCAGUCAUUCUUUCCACGGCUAGGGGACCAUACAAUCCCAAGCGUCAGUGCAGAUGAAGUAAAGAAUGCCCAAAUCAAUGUUGAAAAAGCUAUAAAGCAUGAUAAAAUAUUUGCUAUCAAAGGGUCUUGGGUCAUCAGAAAGGCGUUAAAAAACCGUGGCUGGGUUGAAAAAUCUUCUUACAACUGGUUGCCAUCAGUCCAACCUAAAAAGAAGAAACGUCGUUCAUCAAGGGACAAGACUGCGACUAAUGACUUGGCAGUUGAUGUGGCGAAAAGUGACUCCAUCGAUGGGAUUAUGUCACGGAUGGUCAGGAACUAUUCGCCAAGUUUCAUCUGGUGUGAAGAUAGUGCUCGCAUUGACUAUCGUUACCUAAACAAGAACCAGAUAGUCAAUCACUAUGAAAGGGUCGGCUCAUUCGUCACCAAAGUAGGACUUUGUAAGAAUUUACGGAACGUGGUCUGGUUUGAUAACACCAAUGCUAUGACGUUUUUCCCGCGCUGUUAUGAACUCAGUAUGGCAGAUGAGAAGGCUGCAUUUAUAGAUGAUUUCAGAUUAACAGCUUGCCAAAGCAUCAUCAGGCAUGUGAUAGAGAAUUACAAAGGGCUCGCGAGUGAAGGAAAUACAAAUGAAGAGAAAGUGCCAUCACAAGAUGGAAACGCACUCAAAAAGGGUGGAAACAAGAGUGGGGUGAAACGGAAGGGGAAACCUGAUGGCCUCAUACUGCCAUGUAUGAACUGUGACAGCACUGGGUGGACGGGAAGCAAGCAAGCUAACUCACAUGCUUGUAGUAAUAAUUCGUUUGAGAACGCCUCAUCUAAACCAAGGAAAAAGUCCGGUGCACAAGUGGACUUGGCAAUCAUUGACCAGGCUAUUCAGCAGUGUGAAAGAUGGCUAGGUUUGAAAGCUCAUCUGGACAUAGAUCAUUGGGACGAUCCUCAUCGUCCGAGUGAUUCUGGAUGGCACCAGAUUCUACGUUCAUGUCACAGAAUUAUCAGCGGUUUGCCAACUAUCAACAAUGCAGCCUCCAGAGUUGAGGAGUGUGAGCUGAUGGCUGAUAGAUUACGUGAGCACAACGCUCAGUUUGAUAUGGAUGGGACGCGGAAUGUAUGGAUCAUUAAACCGGGUGCUCAGAGUCAGGGCAAAGGGAUUUUGAUGUCCAAUAAUUUGGAUCAGAUGUUGAAGAUGUCCAGUGACAGCGCUGUGAAGGUUGUCCAGAAGUACAUAGAGCACCCUCUACUAGUGUACAACACCAAGUUUGACAUCCGACAAUGGUUCCUGGUGACGGACUGGAAUCCACUCACGAUAUGGUUCUACAAGGAAUGCUACCUCAGAUUCUGCUCACAAGAGUUCUCUCUUGGAAACUUUGAUAAGGCUAUCCAUCUGUCCAACGUUGCGAUACAGAGGCAUUGUUCGAAUGGACCACGAUCCAAGAGUCUUCCUGUGGAUAAUAUGUGGGACUUGGAAACAUUCAAGCAAUAUCUGUCGCGGAGAGGCCAAGGACAAGUAUGGGCUGAAAAAAUCUACCCAGGAAUGAAAAAAGCUGUGAUCAGUUCUCUCCUCUCUGUUCAAAAUGAGGUCAAAGGCGACAGUGGUGCUGUCUCGCGGCAGGAAGGAGAACUGAAAUCUUUGCCCAAAACUUUCAGUUCCACUUUUUACCGCCACUGGCGCCUAAGCCAGCGGAGAGGCCAAGGACAAGUAUGGGCUGACAAAAUCUACCCAGGAAUGAAAAAAGCUGUGAUCAGUUCUCUCCUCUCUGUUCAAGAUGUGGUCAAAGAUCGUAAAGCGUCGUUUGAACUGUACGGUGCCGACUUCAUGCUCACCAAGGAUCAGAAUCCUUGGCUGAUCGAGAUCAAUUCCAGCCCUGACUUGUCUUUCAGUACCCCCAUCACGAAACGGAUGUGCCGUAAUGUGAUUGAGGACACAAUUAAAGUUGUGAUUGAUAGGAAAAAGGACAAGAGCUUUGAUAUCGGUAACUUCGAGUUAGCAUUCAAGCAGAACCCAGUCACAGUGCUGCCCUACUUCGGAACACAUCUGAAAGUGGAAGGACAGGGUAUCGCAAAGCCAACUGCCAUGGCCAAAGCUGCGAAAGAGGAGCUGAAUCUUGAAGGAGUGGAGAGACUGUUUUUACAUAAACAAUUCCUACCCAACCCCUAGGACUUUGCUGAAGGCCAUAAGCGUUUGAAGACUGUGAUAUGAGAUAAGGGGAUAUUGGGCUGUGUUUACAUAGAGUUUAUGUUAACAUUUGUAACAUGUCACUUUUCACAUGUCAUGGGUCACGUGAAGAAUGACCAAGUUAUUCCAAAAGUGCCGGUUAGUAGGCAACAGGUAACAGGUCUGAUAAAAACUCAUUGGUUGUGACUUUUCAAGAGGACAGGGAGAAACUAGUUAAAGCUAACAAGAAGGUGGAGGAGGAAGGACAAAACUCCUCCUGAUUAGCUUGUCAACAUGGAUAGCAUAAACAUGAUAAAGGCAGGUUUGGGUGGGUGUGACGAGGGGGGG